CUGUGCAUUAUUUCCGAUGUUGGAGGCGGAACAAAAAUCGGAUUUUUCAAUCACUUUUUUUCUUUAAAAAGAAAUUUCCUUUGAGGGAUAUUUUCCAGUGGUUCAUUUUUCCAUCAUUAUUUAGUAUUUUCUUUACUGAGUAAAUUGCGGUACCACGAAAAGCCAAAGUAUGUUCCAGACUAUAAAGAAAUGCUAGACAAACUUCAUUGGUGAUUGGGAUGUGGAGGCGAGGAAGAAGAUUUGUGAAGAGGACAUUUGGAGGAUACAAACCCCUCACAAUAUGGGUUCUACUUGCUUUAGCUAUAUCUCUUCUACUUCUGCAUUGGAAUAGAGAUCCGAAAGGUACUCUCAAUGGAGGUAACAUAGUAUGGGAUGUUACGGAUGGAUCGAAGAGUCUUUCAGAGUCCGCCUGUGGUGUGUCAUGUUCAUGGGGACAGAAGUCAUUUUACAUCAAGACGGGGACGGAUAAAAGCGUGGGACCCACUAUAUGCUAUAAUGGGCAAAUCUACAUGAGCGAUGAGAAGAAGAAUGUUGGAAGAGGGAUCAACACACUAUUUAUUGAUGGAGACACACAUCAAGUUGUAGACAAGAAGACAUUUGACACUUACACAGAGGAGCAAUCCUUUUUGCAGUAUAUCCAGUUAGAGAUGAAAGAAAGAACUGUGGUUAUUAUGGCCAGUUUUGAUGAAAUCUCCUACUCAUUGAAGGAUGAAGCCAAGAAAUGGAUGAAGUUAAUGGGAGCAAGUCAAAUAGAAAAGGUCAAAUUCCGAGAAUCGUAUAUUUUGAUUGGUCAGCGGGGCCUUAAACAGGGUCAUGCUAUAGAGUUUGUGCAACCAAAAAAGGACGGUGAGCAGUACGCUUCAUCAUUGGUCAAAAAGGGAUGUUUUACAAUGCCACUUGGACCAGUAGAGAACAUAGCAAAACUGGUUGCUGAACUAACUGAAAUAAAAUCGGGGUCGGAACUUGUCAACUGUGAUUUAAAAACGCCGUGUGAUGGUACCCCUGUUCAGGUGUAUACAGGUGACAUGGACAACAAGAUGCCCCACAUCUGUGUCGCUGGCAGAAUGAUUAUGGAGAAGAACAUGAAUAAUGCAGGAAGAGGAAUUAAUACAGUGGUCUUACAUGGAGAUUCCAAAAAACUGAAAUUUGUGGCCAGAUUUGAUACGUAUGAACAAAACAGUACAAACAUGGAGAACCUUCUGAAGCAGCUACACGAGGGAGAUGUUGUUAUUGCGGUGGUGAACGAUGAUGGAUCCAAAAAGUUAGGACAGGGUGCAAUAAGAGAGCUCAAUGCUUUAGGCAGCAGUGCAAUACAGAACCUCAGAUUUAGAGAUGUGUGGUACUUCGUAGGUCAAAAGGGCAUUCAGGGAUUCACAGAGCUAGAGGAGAUCAGCUUUGCUACAUAUGAUGGGGACUGGCCAAAGCCUAUUAAGAAAUCACUCUGUCUUCCAAAUUCCAUUAAAGGUGUGAAGGUUGCCCCUGUUAUGAGUGGGAGUCGCAAUAUGGAGAAAAGAGAGUUCUGUAAGAAGUUUGAUGGCUACAAUGAAUUCUGUGAUGCAGAGAAAGUGGAUGAACAGCUAGAAACUGUUCCCCUCAACGACAAGUCAAAGGCAAGCAAUGAAAUCUACAAAACUCCAAUUCUGAUUAUUCCAGGCUUAGAUCACAAUGCGUUAGCGAGAACAUUAGAAACCAUUCUCAGUCAGCCGGGCCUUCGACCUGAGCUAGUGACGGUAGCCGUAGACGAACAGGCACUCGAUCACGGAGAAUUGACAGCUUUAUUUAAAUUCAAUAACAUCAGUCUUGGCACUCUACCCAGAUACGAAGAUAAAAUGAACAGUGCCAUCGAAAAAAUGUUCUCGCAAACAGAAAGUAAAUAUGUGAUUGUGAUUGAAGAAGAGAUAAUACUUCAGUCAGAUUUCCUGAACUUCAUGUCUCAGUGUCUGCCGGCCCUAGAGGCUGACAAAAGUCUGUUCGGUGUUUCAGCGUUCAAUUACAAUGGGUUUGAAACUACGUCUGGAGAUCGUGGACGGGUGAACAGAAUGGAGGAUUUUCCAGGACUAGCAUUCCUUAUCAAACGUUCCGUGUUCGAAUCACAGAUGAAAGGAGCAAUGGAUAAAUGUUGCCAGAAAAGGUCAUGGGACUCGUGGACAUUAAAAAACUCGGGUGAAAUGCUUGUACCAGAUGUGUCUCGUGUCUUCAGGCUCCCCUAUCAGUCAGCUAAUGAUGGUGAUAGCUAUUUAGAGAACUUAUUUUACCGACCCAGACUAACUGUAUCAGAGGACAUCGUAACAUUAAAGAAUGCGAAUUCCCUAACCUCUACAUUAUACGAGGAGGAGAUGGAAAAGGAAAUAAAAUCAAGCAAACACUUCCCUCUUAAAGAACUUGAAAAGUGUGGCAGCAAGCUAGAAACCAUUGAACUGCCUCAUAAAGAUGAGAGUUUCGUACUAUAUUUCACGGACAAGGACUCAAAGAGGACAGUAUUUCAUGAACUAUGCAAAUGUUUUGGACUAUAUUCAGCAGCUGGUAAACCCUUAAAAGGUCUUCACAGAGGUUCUCUUCGGUUUUACUACAGAGGAGGAACGAUUUUUCUAGUGGGUUCAAAAUCUCCAUAUUUUGAACUGAAACCAGACACAGUAAAGAUUGUGGAUAAACUUUAUUUGCAAUGAGUGUAUUGCCAUACAAUGUAGUUAGUUUGUUGAAUUAAUGGUUAUUGGUUAGUAUUGUCCAGGAAGAAUUUCAGGAAAUCAUAUAACUGUAGCCUGUUGUUUGAAGCCAGUGGGUGCUUUCAUGCAUCUGUAUUAUCGGAAAUUGUGUAGAUCAAAAGGACACGUGAUAUUUCUCUAAUACUACCUGUCUCAUUACACGCAGGUAAAAGUAAAAUUUGUUAUAGGCAUACAAAUACAUUUUACAAUUUGAGUUUUUGAGUCUCUCUUCGAAAAUGGUUUUUAUACGAUAUCUUAAUAAUUUAUAUUGUAUGUUUUGGGGCCUGUUUUAUGAAAGGUCUUGCUUGUACAUGUACCACUAAGGCCACCUGCAUUAUGUUCAGUUGGUCAAAGUUUUACCAUUUACAUGUAUCUCUAAAUUGUAUCAAAAUGUCGUAUCUACAUUUUUACUAAAUUUCUCUAGCUUUGUCAAAAAUUUGAUUAAACUUUAUAUAUAAAAAGAAGAUAAAUGCAGCGUGAAAUUGAUUGGUAUGUAAGCCACAGACCCGUUAUAAAAUGGUCUCCAGUGUGUCUUUUUUCUGUUCUGAAUAUUCGUCCAUGCAAUACCUUAUAGUGAAUUACUUUCACAGUUUUUGCGGUGUAUACUAUGAUAGUGGAAUGUACGAGUGUUUUCAUUUUCGACAUUUACAAUUCAAUGUCAUUAUUUCACAUGUACAAUCGAGUUUCUUUAAGGUUACAUGUGUGGGGUUUUGAUUUGUUUUUUUUUUUUUUACAAUUGGUACCAAAGUACAAUAUAUUGCUGAUGCAUAAAAUUCAUUGAUAUAGUGUAAAUACUAUUCCUGUACAUGUACCUAGCCUGUUUUAUUUGCAAUGCGAAAACUUUUUUUUAAAACAAGCCCUUUUCUUUUUGAAGUACAGCAUAUUUAUAAAGAAAUUGCACAUAUGAUCAGUAUUCAAUAUUUUGUCGUUGUUAAUGUCAGAGAUCAUCGUAUUGUUUUAACAUAGUUAGAAUAUUCCCUGUUAUAUUGUUACACUUGCCCUGGAUAUGUUGGAAUCAAGUCCAUACUUAGUCUAGUCAGAAUGUGUACAGUCCUCAUUUAAUGAAAUCCACUUCGUUAUUGCAAAAUUCCUAGCUGCCAUAUUUAAUUUUAUGUGUACUACAUGUAAGUGACUUUUUCUUGUAUUUUAUUUAUUUUUUUAUUGCAAUUAAUCAACGGAUUUUUCGUUAUCAUAUUAACGUGUUUUUCAUAAAAGAUGGAUAAAUAUUUAUCCGUUUAGUAGCGAAAUAUUUGUGGAUUUGUAGUAUGGUCAGCACCUACUUCCAGAUUUUUAAGAGCUUGUUUAUUCUACUUUAGGUGUUAGAAAUUAGAGUUUUCAAUCCAUUAGAACGACACGAUCGACAGCAGUUGUAUGUUUGACAACAGUUGUUUGUUUGACAACAGUUGUUUGUUUGACAGCAGUUGUUUGUUUGACAACAGUUGUAUGUUUGACAACAGUUGUAUGUUUGACAGCAGUUGUUUGUUUGACAACAGUUGUAUGUUUGACAGCAGUUGUUUGUUUGACAACAGUUGCGAAGAAGAGGUUAUUACUGGAUUAGUUGUGUAUUUGAUUGCUCUAUUACAACUAUUAUGGCACUUGGUACAUAUACACCUUUUUAAAAAGAUAAUGAAAACGGAAACUAAAUCAAUGUUUUUAUUAAGUGAAAUGAAUACCAUUCACCAACUGGAAUGUAAUUUAUUCCUAUGAAUUGUCAAAUCCCAAACAGUGUGGGGUAUACAUGUAUUAGAUAAUAGAAAAUUUACAAGUCCCUUAUCUUUUCAUAAAGUCCCAUAUUUUUUCUUACAACGCCCAGUAAUUAGAGAUUCGGGGGUAUAAAGUUUUUGGUCUAUCUGUUUGUGUCCGCAAAACUUUAACCUUGCUCAUAAUGAAUGGAUGGUGAUAGGGCUUCCAUAUUUCACGUGUGUAUUUCAUGUCAUAAACCCUUUCUUUUGGUACCAAAUAUUUGACCGUCGUGUGUCCUUCACCUUGGAGUUUGACAUACUUUUGAAAAACUUAACCUAGGUCAUAACUUUUGAAUGUUAAGGGAUCCAGCUUUCAUAUUUCACAUGUGUAUUCCUAUUGAUAAGACCUAUCUUUAUGUAACAAAUUGUUUUACCUCGUGACCUUUGAGUUUGAUAUUCUUUUGAAAAACUUAAUCCCGGCCUUAACUUUUAAAUGCUUAGUGAUAGGUCUUUCAUAUUUCAGAUUUGUAUUAAUUUUGACAAGACCUUUUCUUUGGUAUCAAAAGUUUGACCUUGAACAGGGUUCGCUGUUUAUAAAUUCUUUAACGUCCCGCUCUAGAAUUUUUCACUCACAUGGAGACAUCAACAUUCCUGAUGAAGGGCUGCAAAAUUUAGUCCUAUGCUCAGCGCUUUUGGCCUUUGAGCAGGGAGGGAUCUUUAUCGUGCCAUACCUUCUGUGACACGGGGCCUCGUUGUGUGUGGUCUCAUCCGAAGGACCGCCUCAUUUAUUCUCCUCUUACGACAAGCAAGGGAUACUGAGGACCUGUGAUUAUAUGGAUCCCCAUGGAAAACCUUGAAACAGAACAGUGAGUUUGACCAUCUUUUUCUUAGGUCAUAAAUUUGGAAUGGUUAGAGAUGUGGUAUUCAUAUUUCACAUGUGCAUUCCUUGUGGCAAGACCUUUCUUUGGGUACCAUAUUUACUUUACUGUCGUGCAGGGGGCAUCAGUAUUUCCUAAAUACAGUAAAGGAACACUAAAGAACCCUCACUGCUCAAUGGCCGUAAGCGCUGAGCAGAUGCCUAAAUUCGAAGUCCUUCGCCGGUCUUGGAGACGUCUCCAUAUGAGUGAAAAAUUCUCGAAUGAUUCAUUGUUUGAUGUUUUACGAGACUUUUAACAAGAUACAAUCAAUCAUUCAUAAACACAACUUGUUAGUAAUAUUUGUUUUUUGUAUCUAUUAGAACCAAAAUAAGCAACAGCAAAAAUAUAUAUCAACCCCUGCGACCAUUUCUUUAAGUUUAUUAUGUUAAGCAGAUUCAAAUUUAAAGGUACCUGUAGUUUUUCCCUCCGGGAUUGUAUUGUGCUAUAUGCCAAGAUGGUGAUAUUUGGCUUAUUCUGUUAUAAAAUUCACUGGAGAGUUUUCACUUUCAAGAAAUGCCUAUAAAGUAUCAAAAACGAGGGCAGAUUUGAUAUACCCUGCAAGUAGAAAUGCAAAAAGAAUCGCCCGUAAACGUGAUGCAUAUGUAUUUGUUUUACCUUUAGAAUAGAAUGUAAGAAAUGUUUCCUUAAUGAUUGGAUGAACAUCGGACGCAUCAUUGUUGUUGUGUGAUAGUAUGCACUUGUAGUACGAGUUCUUGUAAUGUCAAGAUAGCAGAAUGAUCAAUAGAAAAAAAGAUCUCCAUUAAAAAGGUGUUCGAGGUUAUGUACAGAUUGUUUAUGCAGCUAAUGAGAGUAGUUAGCGGAAGUGAAUGGUUAAACAUUGUUUGUUAUUGAUCGUUAAAGUUGUGUUGAACGAAGACAUUCCAUGAACAAAAUUAGCAAUAUAAACAUAAAUGUGGUAUAUGUACAUUGGUUACUUAAUCCAAUAUUUUCCUCCGUAUGGAUUUUGCUAUGCUUUGACGAAAAUAUUUGUAUUGUAAUUAGAAAUAUUAAUAUUUGUAUUGUAAUUAGAAAUAUUAAUAUUUCAUGUUUUUCUAUCUCUCUGAGAUAUUGUAUGUCCAAUUUAGAUGAGUUAAUGUAUACUUAGAUCAACUUACUUGUUUGAAUUACUAGUAAUGUAUACGUAUAUUUUGACGAUCCAAGUGACUUUCUUAUUUGAGUAAAACUAGUUUAUACCUAUGUGAGAUGUUUGAUUUAUCUGUGUUGAGAAUCUUUAAUUGAUUAUAAUAAAGGAUGAUGUUAAUUUGA